AUGGCCCCUCCUCCUCCGUUCCGUGCGGAACACAUCGGGUCGUUCAAGCGUCCGAAACAUCUCAUCGACGCUCGUAACAAGGCGGACAAGGGUCAGUUAUCGCAGGCAGACUUGAUCCUUAUCGAGGACGCCGAGAUCCAGCGCAUCGUGCAAUUGCAACAGAAUUACGGUUAUAAGGCGAUCACCGACGGGGAAUUCAGGCGAUAUGGGUUUUAUGACGGGUUCUUUGACCGCCUUGAUGGCAUGGUCAGUGUGCAGAAUGCCGAUCCUGAGAUAUUCAUGGACUACGUCCCGGAUGUGAAGGCUUUCAAGAUCAAAGACUUCAAAGGCGGGCAGACUUACAUUUGCACUGGCAAGAUAAGGCGCACCCAGCCCUUGUAUGUGCCGUCUUUCACCGCUCUUGCCAACAUGGUGGCUCCAGAAGAAGUCAAGAAUAUCAAGCUUACAGUGGCUGCCCCCGAGUGGUAUCAUCUCCGUCACAGCGCCAAGUAUGCCUAUUCUAAAGAGGUCUACAAGAAUGACGCCGAGUACUUUGCCGACAUCGCCAAAGCUUAUCAGGAGGAGCUCGACGCCCUCUACGAAGCCGGUUGCCGGAACAUCUACUACAUCGCGCUAAUCAACGAUUGUAUCAGCAAGCGGAAACCGGACAUGUCUGUUGGGGUCCAUCUUUGUCGAGGCAACUUCAGGGGCAUCUAUUUCGCCGAAGGCAGUUACGACACGAUUGCUGCAAGGUUGUUCAAUGAGUUGAAUGUCGACUUCUAUUACCUGGAAUUCGACUCUCCCCGAGCCGGUGGCUUCGAACCGCUCGCCCAUCUCCCAAAGCACAAGCAAGUCAUCCUAGGCCUCAUCUCCUCCAAAGACCCCACACUGGAGGACAAAUCCAUGAUCAUCGGGCGCAUACACGACGCUGCCAAGUACAUGAACGACCCGAAUUUGGAGCGGAUCUGUCUCUCCCCGCAGUGCGGGUUUGCGAGCCAUAUUGAUGGGAAUAACGUCACUAAGGAGGAUAUGGAGAACAAGCUCAGGUUAGUCUCGGAGAUCGCGCAAGAAGUGUUUAGGACGACCGUUUGGUAA